AAGAAAUAAACAAAAUAAUAAGCAAAAUAGACAAAAAACUCUCCGUAGAACUAGAUGAAAAUUAUGCUCGAGAACUUUUGGGAGACAUUGAUGCAUUAAAAGAAGUUAAAAUUGGGCUUGAAGGAUUAAAAGUCGAGAUAAAGAAAUUGGAAGAAAGCGAGAAAAAUCUAAUGGUGCCACAAAGUGGACUAAGAAGAUCAAAUUCAUCCACUAGUAUUGCUGAACUGUCUGAACAAACAAUGAAAGCUGCCGAAAAAUAUGUAGGGCUUGGUAAGGGUGCCUUUCCAGUAGUGGGCGAUAUCGCUGGGGCUGGCUUGGCUACUCUUCAUGGUGUGAUAGCAGUGGGAACAAAACUUGGUGAAGACGCAAUGAAUGAUGGCAAAGAACUUGCUGAGAAAGGUAUAGAUGUUGGAGCAGAUUUACUUAAAGGUGCUGGUAGUGGAUUAGUAGAUCUUACUAAGGAAAGUAUGGGUUUUGGAAAAGAUGCUAUGCAUGUUGGAGAAAAAGUUACAGUGAAAGUUAUUGAACAAGGAGCAGAUAUUACAAAGCAACUUGUCAAAAAUUUUGAUGUACUUGAUGCUAGCAAAAAUAUUACCGAUUCCUUAACUAGAGGAAUAGGUGGGGAAGUUCAGGCAAAAGCCGAUUCCGAAGCCAGAAUAGCGGAAGCAAAUGCCAAGGCUGAAAUAGCUAAGGCACAAGCACAAGCCGAAAUAGCCAAAGCUCAAGUUGAAGCGGAGGAUUACGAAAAACUGGUUCGGGAAAAAGGAUACAAGACUCAGCAAGAAUUUGAGGCAGCAGUAGAACAUAUUAAAGCCGAAUAUAGGGGAUUAGUUGACCCAAAAACUUAUCGGGAUGGUUUAGGAGGUAAAACUUUGGAACAAGUUCAAACCGAUUUGAAUAAAAUAACUGAAUUGGAAAAAAGACCAACCCUCGGGCAAUUAAGCGAGUUAACUGAAAAAAACACUCAACUGCAACAACAAGUUUCCGAUUUGCAGCAGCAAUUAGAAAAUAAACCUGAACUCCCUUCUCCUAGAGCAGAUACUGAAAGCAAAGCCAAAAAAAUAAUUCAGACAGAAUUAGAUAAGUUUAGCAACAUUAAAAUCGAAGAGAUUGGUGAUGAAGAGUUUCUUAGUUUGCUUAAUAAAUUUAAAACAAUGAAAAAUUGGAUACUUACUGGUAAUGAUGAAGAAAGCGAAGCAGCCAUAAAUAAACAGUCUGAAUUAAAAAAAAUAACUAGUGAAUUAAGUUUAGAAAAUUUAUUAAAGAAUACCGACUUAACGAUGGUUGAGUAUAUUGAUUAUGAAAUAACCUUAAAAAAAAAGACAAGCAAAAAAGAAUUAGAUAAAUUUGGUUACAAAGUAGUGGAAGACAUUUAUAAACAAAGACCAAAACACAAAUAUAUAAUAGAUUUAAUUAACGAAGGAAAAGAAGCAAUUAAACAUAAAAAUGUUGAUUUAGCCAAUGAGGUUUUAGAUGACUUAAAAUUUCUUGAAAAAAAAGAGAAGCAAGUAUUUUUUAGCAAAAUAGUUGAGAUAAAUAGGUUGAAGAAAGAAAUGCGUCCUUUAAUCCAAUCUCAACAAGCACAAAUUGUUCAAACUGACCAGCAAGUAGAAAAAGUGACUAACAAUUUUGAAGUUUCUUGUCCCUCACGACAGGGUAGUGGUUUAGGAACGGUAGCAAUAUUUAGCGGGGUUUUGUUGAUGGUUAGAGUUGGAUUUUACUGUCUGAUUAAGCCAAAAAAAGUAAGUUUGGAGAAAAAGUUAAUGUAA